UGCAGUAUGAUCGGUCUGAUGCUUGGAACCUGUAUCGCCUUCUAUGUUGUCAUCGCUGACUUGGGCUCUAAUUUCUUUGCUCAGCUGUUAGGUUUACAGGUGACGGGCAGUUUCCGUGUGGUUCUGUUGAUUGCCGUCUCGCUGGUAGUUGUCCUCCCACUGAGCCUGCAGAGGAACAUGAUGUCCUCCAUCCAGUCCUUUUCAGCCAUGGCGCUCAUGUUCUACACCCUGUUCAUGUUCACGGUGAGCCCAAACCCACACAGCUGCUCUCUCUGUUCACUACAUGGCAGCAGAAUCAGUAAG